CUGAUUAGCCAACUCCCGGCUCCCGCGCAGAGGGUAGUGGACGCUAGUUCUAGUAUUUUACAAUCAAAAAGCCAGGCUAUCGUCUCAAAAACAAAUGUGCCCCCAUACGGCCACCGCAAACAUUGGUUCCCGAGAAAUGAUGAAGAUUUCGGGGAUGGCGGGGCUUUUCCAGAAAUCCAUAUUCCACAAUACCCAUUGGGGAUGGGAAGGCAAAAAACUUCGUCGAACGCUUUGGUCAUGAAAACCGACAAAGAUGGCAAUGUCCGCUAUGAUGAGCUCAUCCGACAAGGCCACUCGCGGGAUAGGAUAAUCCAUUCAAAAUUCACCGAUUUACUUCCAAAACCGAUAGACGAGGCUGAUGCUGAACUUCAAAAGCCCAGCAAAGACGUUAUUGAAGAGACCACAGAGAAAACCAGACAAGCACUGGAAGCUUUGAUUGAGCAAAAAGUGGCUGCGGCGUUACCAGUGCGUAGGGCCGAAAGGACGGGACCGGCCGAAUAUAUCAAAUAUACUCCAUCUCAGAAGGGGCCGGCGUACAAUAGUGGCGCUGAGCAGCGUCUAGUUAGAAUGGUUGAGGUGCAAAAGGAUCCCAUGGAGCCUCCUAGAUUCAACCGCAAGGUUUCUGUCAAGGAGCAGGCAGAAUGGAAAAUUCCCCCUUGCAUCUCAAAUUGGAAAAACCCGCGUGGAUAUACAAUUCCUUUGGAUAAAAGGGUGGCUGCUGAUGGUCGUGGCUUGCAGACAGUUCAUAUCAACGAAAACUUUGCCAAGCUGGCGGAGGCGUUAUACACAGCUGAUCGUAAGGCACGUGAGGCGGUUGAAAUGAGGGCUGAAAUCGAACGGAAAGUUGCUCUCAAAGCGAAGGAGCGUAGGGAGGAACAACUGCAACGCAUAGCCAAAGAAGCCCGAGAGGCUAGGGCAGGCAUUCGUCGUCCUGGAUUUGAUCCUGCUGAUGAGGAUUCAGGUAUCGCUGAUCGAGAAGAACUAAGGAAGGAACGCGCGAGAGACCGCGCACACGACCGAAACCUUAGUCGAACAGGUGCCGACGCCAAAUUGCGUACCCAACGUGACAAGAAUAGGGACAUCAGUGAACAAAUAGCCUUGGGUGUUCCGAAUCCACGAGCAAAUGCGAACUCGGAAUCACUCUUUGAUCAGAGACUGUUCAAUCAGUCAAGCGGCUUGGACACGGGCUUUGCCGGAGGCACGGAUGAUCUGUACAAUAUCUACGAUAAGCCAUGGCGUCAAGAGUCAGAUAUUGGCUCCCACAUUUAUCGCCCACGACCAAAGGAUACCGAAAUAUAUGGAAAUGAUAUCGAGUCUUUAAAAAAUCAAAAGAAAUUCGUCCCGGGCCGCGAGUUUUCUGGCACCGAUCGAGGGCACCGCCUUGAUGGACCUGUUCAAUUUGAGAAGAGUACUGUUGAGGAGGAAGAUCCUUUCAAUUUGAGCAAAUUCUUGCUUGAGGCCAAAAAGUCCCAGAAACGGCCAGGCGAUUCUUCGACUGAUACAUCCGCUAACCGCGAUACAACACACAGAAAACGAGAUCGUCGUGAUUAA